AUGCGGGACUCAACGAAAAAGCGGGCUGUUAUUCACCGUGACGCUGAUUCAAAACCAACAACUGCGGCUCAACCAAGAAGAUGCGCAAGGCGCCAGUCAGCUGUUUAUAAAAAGCCGGAACCAGGCUCACUUUACAACAUAAUUCACAGCAAGGCUCGAAUCGGACUUGACGUCCGUCCACUCCUUUGGACAGAUCUCCAUAGCACACUACUCAGUGUUCAUUUCAGUUAUGAAGGACUUGCCAGCUUCCCAGCCCCCAGAAUUCAUAGUUAUGUACCAUUUCGGCCACCCAAGCUAACGGAUAUGGCCAAAAGGUUAUUCCGCGAGGUCAGCACAUUUGCGGACAGAAAAUCUCCGUCACCGGCAAAAACACACGCUCUGAGAGAAUUGAUGAGCGGCUUCUUCCCAAGCAUGUCUUCUGCCAUGGCUGAUGAGGAACUCAAGCUACGCUUUGGGAAGAGCUCUUACCAGAAAGCUGUUAUGCUUUCCAUGGUAUGGAACAAGGGGAGUCUGCGUUCACAAUCGAUUGAAUUCGCCGCCGCGCGCCCCGUAUCUUCUUCGCCUCGAAAAUCAAAAUCGAGCGAAGCCAACCUCAGUAGCGCGCCAUUGCUUGCCUUCGUGGACCGGGAGUAUCCUCCUCGGGCUCGGAAAACCCUGUUCCGGGUACCGCCAGGUCCUUUGGACGACAGCUACAGAAGCUCACCUGUUUUGAACCUUAUUCAAUUGCGUUUAAAAGGGCUUGUACCUGCUGAUACCGACCAGUAUGCGUAUCUGGUAGUGGUUCUUAUCCCCAUGGCACAACAACAGCUUUAUGGGAAUGAUGGGCGUCGGCGGUUUAAAUUAUCUCCACCCGCCAACGAGGCUCUAUCUUCCGAUUUAAUACGUGUUUUCAAGUUUGACGCGGCCGAAAACAAUCUUGUUAUCUAUACUGGAACUAUUGGUGCAGACUUCCUAGAGGGUUUUGCAAAUCCGGCAAGGACUCUUCACAGAAAGCCAGGCGGAGCUUCUUCAAUGCGCAUCGAUUACACGCGUGUGCCCAUAUGGCCCUUCUAUGGUCUCAAGGAGCGGCUAGCCAGUGCUUUGGGAUCUGAAGUGACAGGCGAACGAUUUGACGGCCCCGACUAUGAUUUUUAUGGCGAAGAGCUGUCAUCCAAUGAAGCGGGAUUG